CUUAUGGAAAAAUGUUAAAAGUUGAAAAAGAGUAUCAAAAUCAUGGCUGUUUGAAGCUUGCAAAGCAGAAAAUCGCUUUUUUGCGUCGAAAACAGUAUUUGUAGCCUCAAAACUAAAUUCUUGUGUGUUUUUUUCACUUCCAAGUAACAGUGGAUAAAUUGUUGAGGUAGAAAAUAAGCGGAAACAAGCCAGAUUGAAGAUAUGAGACGACGAGGAGGCUAUCGUCGCAGCCGUAGCCGCAGUCCGCGUCGAGGAGGGGGAGGCUUGACCAAACGUUAUGAAGUAGGAAAAGGGCAAUUAUUAAAACCGGUAAACUGGAGUCAUUACAAACUAGACACGGUGGUGCGACCGUCGUUCCGUUCUAAAUUGGAUUAUCGUCGAUCGGAGCGUGAAGUCAAUGAAUGGCGAAAAUCGAACGAAAUUACUAUUAAAGGUCGCGAUGUACCAGAUCCAGUUUAUGGUUUCGAAGAAGUUGGUUUUCCGGCUGAAAUAACUGAUGAGCUGCGGUUUUCUGGAUUUACUGUGCCGACGCCGAUUCAAUCACAAGGUUGGCCAAUUGCUCUUUCUGGUCGUGACAUGGUCGGUAUCGCAAAAACUGGAUCAGGAAAAACACUGUCCUACUUAUUACCUGCGAUGAUUCAUAUUGACCAGCAAUCGCGGCUGCGUCGUGGAGAUGGUCCAAUUGCGUUGAUUCUGGCCCCUACCCGUGAACUGGCACAGCAAAUAAAGCAAGUUACUGAUGACUUUGGACGAGCAAUGAAAAUAAAAAAUACAUGUUUAUUUGGCGGUGGAGGAAAGAAACAACAAGGCUAUGAUUUGGAGCGGGGCGUGGAGAUAAUAAUUGCCACUCCGGGAAGGUUGAUAGAUUUUCUGUCUUCCGAUCAUACAAAUCUUCGCAGAUGUUCAUACUUGGUGUUGGAUGAGGCUGACCGAAUGUUGGACAUGGGUUUCGAACCGCAAAUUCGAACAAUUAUUGAGCAAAUUCGACCGGACCAUCAAACGCUUAUGUGGUCAGCUACUUGGCCGGAUGCAGUUGCCCGAUUAGUAAAAGAUUAUCUUAAGGACUACAUUCAAAUAAAUGUAGGCUCCCUUAAAUUAGCAGCCAAUCACAAUAUUCUGCAGAUCAUAGACGUGUGCCAGGAAUUCGAGAAGGAAACAAAGCUUAGCAUUCUUCUUCGAGAGAUAAUGGCCGAAAAAGAGUGUAAGACAAUUAUUUUCAUCGAGACGAAAAAGCGAGUUGAUGAUAUCACUCGAAAGGUAACCCGUGACGGAUGGCCGGCCAUGUGUAUUCAUGGUGAUAAAUCACAGAAGGAUAGAGAUUAUACAUUGAACUCCUUCCGUUCUGGUAAGACACCAAUUUUAAUUGCUACUGAUGUUGCUGCCAGAGGAUUGGAUGUGGAUGAUGUAAAGUUCGUUAUCAAUUAUGAUUAUCCAACCACAUCUGAGGAUUACAUUCAUCGUAUUGGGCGUACUGGACGCUCUAACAAUACAGGAACGGCAUACACUUUUUUUACGCCGAACAAUGCCGGUAGAGCUCGCGAAUUGGUUGCAGUGUUGAAGGAGGCCAAACAAGUCAUUAAUCCCAAACUUCUGGACAUGACUAACAGCCGGAUGAGAGGAAAAGAUAAUCGCAACCAUGUCAAUUCACGAUAUCCACGAGAGCGUCGCUCGCGAUCACUUGAUCGUCGGGGUACCUUCAGGCGCCGUUCAUAUUCCCGUUCACGUACCCGCUCACGUUCACGAUCGCGCUCCGUAUCGCCAAGGUUCUCCAAGAGGGACGUGUAUCGUCCGGUUAAGCGCACCCGAUCUCGAAGCCGCAGUAAUGUAAGUAAUCGCAGUGACAAUCGCAGGAGAAAUGCACGCAGGAUUAGUCGCUCGGUUAGUCGAUCUCCUGUACGUCGUGGCGGAAGUGGUGGUAAUGCUGGUGGUCUGGCUAACAGAAAACGCAAUGGACGGAGUAGAUCUCCCACUCCACGUAAGCAUCGUAGUCGUACUCGUAGUCGUAGUCGUAGCCGCAGCCGCAGUCGUGCCCGUAGCCAUAGCCGCAGUUAUAGUCGUAGCCGGAGUCGCAGCCGUGAAGGACGAUUCCGUUCGGCAAAAAAUGGUAAUAAUGGUUCAAAUUAUGGCAAAUAUUAAUUGAAACUAUUGAAAUGUAUUUUCCUACAUACGUAUAAAUGUCAAAUGUAAUAUUUUGAAAUAAUCAACACGUGGCAGUAGAACAAUCUUUAGAAUACCGUCAAACAUUGUACUUCCUUAGUGGUAGGCAGCGAGUUUUAUGUUCCAUUGCUAUAGGAUUUUACAAAUAAUGGAAUUUAGGACCUGCACCUCAAUUAAAUCAUUACCAUGCUCUCAAAUGGACACAGUGUUCUUUGGAAUCUGAACUUGUUAUUGGAUAAGUUUUAAUUUAUCAAUCAUACACGCACUCGUGAAUCAUAAUGUAUGUCGAACAACAAAGAUGUUGGUCUUAUUGCCACUUUGAAUACCGCGCCUGCAUAAUGAAUAUUUGAAGAAAUAAAAUUUAUGUUUCAACACAAGCAAA